AUGGCUAAACUCUUGUACAAGAAUCAAAAUGAGAAUGAACUGUACAGCAGAAAAAUAUUAUUCGCCAGUUUGUUUACUGAGCUUCUUGCACAAAAUUUUGAGGAGGUUAUCAUGAGCGAGGUACAAGAUACAACGUUUGAUAAGCCAGGUGCUAAAAUCAGUGGACACCCUAAUUUGGUCCGUGUGCAUAGUUUCUUCUCAAAAUUUUCUGAAAAUGUGUGCGAAUUUGUUAAGCUUCAUCAUAAACAAUUGAAGAGUGAUGGUCGUGUAAUUAAGUCGAAGUGCCCGACAUUGAGCAAUAAAGGUUCAUAUACUGCAACAUUGAGCUUAGAGAAGCAAUUGAAGGCAUGGAAAGACAACCCAGAUUGGGUGGACCGUCCUCCAGAUAUAAAGGUCACCAUUCCUAAAGGUUCUCUUUCCAACCUGAGUUUGACAGUUGAUGUUGGAUUACCGCCCGAUGCCGUCUAUAACAUUGUGACAGACCCUGAUAAUAAGAGAGUUUUCAAAAACAUUAAGGAAGUAAUUUCCAGAAAGGUAUUAGUUGAUGAAGGAUUAAGGCAACUAGUUGAAGUGGAGCAAGCAGCAAUAUGGAGAUUCCUUUGGUUAUCAGGCACUAUCUCGGUUCAUGUUUUGGUAGAUCAGAACAGAGAAGAUUAUACAAUGAAAUUCAAACAAAUAAAAUCGGGAUUCAUGGAGAAAUUUGAGGGCUCGUGGAAAGUGGAACCCAUAUUUAUCGAUCAAGAAUUAUGUCAUCCUUUUAAACCCAAGUCCUUAUCUGAUUACGAGUCGUGCACGAGAGGCAAAGGACGAAUAGCCUCAAAGCUAAGUUUAGAGCAGCUUAUACAGCCAACUGUUGUACCUCCACCACCCAUUUCAUGGUACCUAAGAGGGAUCACAACAAAGACGACUGAGAUGUUGAUUCAUGAUUUGCUUUCUGAGGCCGCCCGAAUUAGACUAUCUGGAAAAUUUGAGGAAAAAAAUGGUAAAAGUUGCGAAAGGGAUGCGUGUGGGAUUAAGGAGAGAUGGGCUUUGAGAAGGAAAAAUGGCAAGCACUCUCGGAGGAGGUUGUUUUCUAAUCCAGAGUUAUAUUGA